CUCAACAACCUUGUCGCGUUUACCUCUUUCAACCCCCGACAUCUUGUGCGACUUCAACACCGACAAACCUCUUUAUUUUAUCCGUCUAAACCUGCGACAAUGCGUCCGGGCGUCAGAAGUACUGUAGAGCGCCUGGAUAGGCCCAGCGCCUACUACCAGAGCCGCAACAAGCGGAGACGCGAUCGCGACGACGGAGAGCACGAAGAGAAUGCAGAACCCGCAGUCGACCCCUUGGCAAACGCGACUACCCUUUACGUGGGAAACUUGUCUUUCUACACAACCGAAGAGCAAGUCUACGAGCUUUUUUCCAAGUGCGGCGAGAUCAAACGGCUCGUCAUGGGCCUCGACCGUUUCAGCAAGACGCCCUGCGGAUUCUGUUUUGUCGAAUACUACACACACCAGGACGCCCUCGACUGUCUCAAGUACAUUGGCGGCACUAAGCUGGACGAGCGCAUCAUCCGCACCGACCUGGACCCAGGCUUUGAAGAGGGCCGUCAGUACGGCCGCGGCAAGUCUGGCGGCCAGGUACGAGACGAGUAUCGCGAGGACUUUGAUGAGGGCAGAGGAGGUAUCGGCAGGGCGAUACAGAGCGAGCGUGACUACGACGAUGAUAGCCGAUAUAGCAAGUAGAUUGGGAGCAGCGGCGCUCCCCGGGUUAGGCUUUUGAUACUUGAUACCCCUGAAAAAGAAAAAAAGCAUUCGCUGUUUGGGAAGAUG